AUGUCAAGCUCAACGCCGAUCGUCGUUGGCGUAAUAUUCCCCGCCAAAAAAAUCGCGCGACUGCAAGAAGUUCUGGACGAGGAAGACAGUGAUGUCCGUUUCGUUCUAAUCGAUCUGGAAGCUGUAACACCCACGGGCGACUUUGAUUCUGAAGCUGAUGUGGAAGCCGCGGCCGAGCGCUUUGCUGCGCAAUACGGACCGCUGAACGCUUUGCUUCACAAGCUGGCACAUGAUAUGGUGUUUGCUAAGUUGGGGGACAAAAAAGCGUCUAAUCGAAUGCGAUUGGUGCAGCACUAUCUGCAACGUCAUCCAUCCUUACGCGUAGUAGACCCCAUCGACAGUGUGCGACUGCUGACGGACCGCUACGCGGCUUGCAUGAUGUUGCAGAACAUGGAGCAUAAAAAUAGCGGGAAAAUCCAACGCUUUAGGGUGCCCAAGUUCCAUAAAGUUGAUAACUUCGAGCGAUAUGAAAGACUGUUGAAGGAAGUAGAUGCUGGACUUACAAGACUUCCGCUUAUCUGCAAAUCUGUCGAAGCCUGCGCGACAGACCGUUCGCACAUGAUGAGUGUCAUUGCCAAGCGCGAAGACCUACGUUACGUCGAGUUUCCCACGUUAUAUCAGGAAUUUAUUAACCACUCGAACCGCCUUUUUAAAGGUUACGUAAUUGGCGACACGAUAAAUGUCGCUGAGCGUCGUUCGCUACCAAACAUCGUGGCUGGAUCAGCGCAACAAGUGCAUUUUAACACACAACAAGAUUACCCUACUGAACUAGAUUUUCAAUCGCAUGUCGACGAAAGCGCGCAAACAAAUAUCAAUGAUGGGAUGACGCAGCAAGAAAUUUUUGAAGCUGUGCAAGCUAUUGGCAGUGAACUUCGUGACGAGCUGGAAUUGACGCUAUUUGGCUUUGACGUCAUUGUAGCUGAAGGUAGCAUGGGCUUUUACGUGAUUGAUGUCAAUUACUUUCCAUCUUAUCAAGAGCUAAACGACUUUGGUGGUAUGCUGCGGAAACACAUCAAGCAAUUGUGCUGUCGUCGAUAG